UCGAAUGUAAAAUACUUGUAUCGGUAUUAACUUCGUGACUAAGAGGUCCGUUAUCAGCUAUGGUAUUUCACUGUUCUCGCCGAAGAUGGUGUUGGCUGUUUAACACAAGAAUGAGAAAACCGAUUUUUAUCCUAGUUUGUGGUUGGCUUUUCAUUGCUAUUUUUACCUUUUCAUUGCUAUCUUUACCUUCUACCAAAUCAAUAAACCGYAGCAAUUCUAAGAACUGCUCGUAUUUUCGAAAAUUUGUUGGAACUUCUGCAAAUGGACCGACCAAGUUUCCACUUGUUAUCCCACACGUUGAACCAAAUAUUUCAUGUGAAGACAGGAAGCUUUUUAUUGCUGUGUUUGUGAACUCGGCAUCUGCUGAUGAGCAACAUCUGCUUCGACGAAUGGCUAUCAGAAAGACUUGGGGAGCUUCUAGUGAAAUACAACCUAGAUGGAGAGUGUUUUUCGCUUUGGGAAUCAGCAAAAAUACCGCCGUUGAUCUUAAAAUCCGACGGGAAGCAUUAAAGUACAACGAUAUACUCAUUGGUAACUUUACCGACACCUACAAGAACGUGGUGAUUAAGACUUUUAUGUCUCAUUAUUGGGCGUACUUCAGAUUGAAUUGUGAAUAUAUUCUCAAGGCCGACGAUGACGUGUAUAUCCGAGUUCCAAGGCUGGUGGAAUGGUUGGCAGGUCCAGCCGAAUUGCCAACGAGGUUUUAUGGAGGAUAUUUGCAUGAGAUAUUGACUGUUGUUCGCGAUCCAAGAUUGCAGUGGUAUCUUCCCAAAGAGGUUUAUAACGAGACAAAUUUUCCUCCAUUUUCGCAGGGAUCAUUUCAAGUCGUCUCCACUGACAUGCUUCCUAGUUACUUCCACUAUACUCAGUUCAUCAGGAAACCUUUCCAUACAGAUGAUGCAUAUUUUGGUGUUAUGGCUAGAGACCUUGGUUUAUCUGCCAGGCAAAUUCCAGGGUUUCGCUUCUCUCUUCCAAAAACAGACGAAGAGCUCCUAGCUGUCAUUGCAUUUGGUCAUCAGGUUGAAGUUACAGGGAUGUUGAAGUACUACCUUAGAUACGAACUUCUAGCCAUAAUUCCACCUGUCUAUCAGAUGGAGUAGUAAGUU